CUGCUGAUGGUUGCUAUGGGUUACUGCUCCUGGGCAAACUUAAGUGUCUUUUAUUACAUAACCUCCAUAUUAUCAAUAAGAUUUCAACUAUUAGAAAACAAAGCUAUGGGCAACAUCACCGGUAAUCACUGCAGUUUUACUGCACAGCCCCCCGGGCAUGCAGCCUCUAAUCUCUGUAUGGGCACACGAGUACCAGCGGUGGCACUAGGACUAGGGUUGCCACCUUGCCGGUAAAAAGUAUGCUUGAUGCAAAUGUUAUUAAUAGGAAAAAAUGGCAAGAAUAUAGGAAGGCCGGUAUUUUAUUUCCAGAAAAGAAGCAACCCUAACCAGGACAGCCAACACAAAUGUACUUGCUAAACUUCUCAGAAGUAGCUGCACCUUUCUUGUUCUUUAAUAUGCCCCUAAUUGCCCUACUGUGCCAAAACCAGAGCCUCCUGCCUGCAGAAUGCCGCAAAUACAGCGACAGCGCUGAUAGACGGGCACAGGGAAAUUACUGAAGGUGCAGAUCCUCCCCUGAGGUGUGGGCAGGGGACACAUGGAAAUCUGGGACACAAAGCUGGAACCCUUGGGCAGGGACCAUUCAUUUUCUGAGUUUGGCACCGCCAUGACCUGAUCCACUCAUCUCCUGCCCAAUCACUGCAAAGGAAUCAGGCCCAACAGGUUCUAAUUAACUCAGAGCAGAUUCAGGCCCAACAGCAUCGGACCACAGAAACAUGCCUGCCACCUCUGCUGGGAGGGCAUCCCAUGCAUCAGUCACUACUCAGGCAUACGGAUAGGUGCCUUGCCCUGUACUUGGCAUCAGGGCUGCAGUCUCAUGAACUGCAAUAAAGGAAAGGGGGGGGGGUUCAGUUCAGGGACCAACACACAGUUUGUUCCCAAAACAGAGGAAACUAAACAGAGCCGUUUCGGGUCACAUUGCACUGAACCUGAUUGGCCGGUCAGUAAUUAGCUGAAGUCCUUCCAACUGUAGGCUAAAUGGAUUUGCCUGGCUGAACAGGACCGUUGCUAAUUAAUAUGCAUGGCUCGUUAGGCUCAAGUACUUAUCUGAUGGGAAAACAAACACCCAUAUUAGGGUCAGAGAGUCACGGUGCUCUCAACAGAUUCUUUUGGGCCUCGAAGAAGCAGAGGAGUCUGAUGGAGCUCCCUCUAGUGGCCACAGCUAUACAGCGCUAUACAACACAAUUGCACACCAUCAUACAUACAGACUACAUACUGGCCAAUACAGGAGGUGAAGAGCUUGCAGUCUGAAAUCAGAAAGCAUCCACCUUGACUGAUCAUGGAAAAGAGAGCAGCCCAGGAGCAGUACAGAGAAUCAAAGUUAUGUACCUGGGAUGUCGCAUGGAGGUGAGGAAGGCGCAACAGAUGCAGGACCCCCGCCUGUCACAGCUGAGUUGGAAAAUGGCGACAGAAGCAGCCGGAGAAUGGACUGCAUCAUUUGCUUUUCCAGCUACAACCUGACUCACCGGCUCCCACGUAGACUCUACUGCGGCCACACUUUCUGCCAGACGUGUCUCCGGAGGCUGGACACACUCACCAACGAACAGAGGUGGAUCCCCUGCCCCCAGUGUCGACAGAACACCCCCACUCCACGUGGAGGAGUCGCCAUGCUGGACUUGGACUUGACAGCUUUCUUGGCGGUGAAAUCGGAGAGGGAGCACCCGCGAUGUCCCAGCAAGGCCCUAGAGAAAGAUUUUGAACUGAAAAUGUUUGCCAAGAACACACCAAUCAGCAGGCAGCCUGCCAGCGAAGGGCAAGAAACAGUCUCAGAGCCGCGAUUUCCCAGGAGGAUUUGCUGCAAAAACUGGUGGUGCGGCUGUUGCUGCAACUUUGUGUGAGGCACAAAAGGAUAUCAGUAAGCCCUUCCUCCCCCAAAUCACUAAAGGGACGGAGAAAAGUAAUAAAGAUUCAUUUUUUAAUAGA